AUGGCGAGGACCAAGCAGACAGCGGCGAAGAGCACGGGAGGUAAGCGUCCGCGGAAGCAGCUCGCUCUGAAGGCUGCACGCUUCGCCAGCCGCGACCACAUAAUGUUCGAGCUCUCAUCUCGAGCAGAUGUAACCAAGGUUUCCAAGACGGGCUCCAUAUUCCAUAUUUGGGUGGCCAGCGGGCAUCGCCGUUACGCCGUAACAGAACAAGAGUUCAAAAGCCUUCUAGGAGAUCAUAUUACCGCCCUGCUCCACCGCAAGCCAGAUGAAGAGGUCUCUCUCGAAGAGAUAUGGCGUCUUGGUCUCACAGAGUCGUUGUCGUACACAAAUCAGUACUGUAUUAUCGGCGACGGUGAGUGGAAUAUUGAGUCCAUCUAUCUCGACGUUGACAAGACGUACUAUGGCGUCGACGCCGCAACCAACAUUCCUCACCGUAUUUUGCUAUACACUCUAGCAAUUUCUGGAACCGGGAAUAGUACAACUCACAAGAUUGUUGACGAUCUCUUCCAGCUUUGGUGGGAGAGACCGAAUUAG